GGCACCGACCGGCCGUGCGCCCUCCUCCUUCCGUGUCCGCGCGUCGCCUUGGCAGUCACAACACGUGAAAACCAAACCCCACACGGCAGCCGCGAGCCCACGUUCCCCCCCACCCUGGAUCGCCUGCCUUCCUCCACACACAACCCUAGCCCGCCAGCCACCAACCAUGGAGAUCUCAGCCGCCACGGCCACGGCCGGCUCUUCCCCGCCAGCCAAGCCGGUGCUCCUCCGCCCCCACGCCACCUCCUCCGCUACCACCACCAUCAGCCGCCGCGCCUCCGCCUCCGCCUCUACCACCGUCCGCCGCCGUCGCGCGCGCACCCGCCGUUCCAAGACCAUCUCCGGCGCGGGCGGCGAUGACGGGGAGGGCCCUUUCGGACCCGGAAGUGGCGGGAGCGGCGGCGGCGGCGGCGGCGGCGGCGGGUGGAACCAUGGUUUCGGGUCCGGAUCUGGUCAAGGCUGGGACUCAUCGGAGCCCGACGUCCCCACGCCCCGCCGAUCGGCGGCGGAGGUGGCGCUCGGCGUGAUCUACGAGCUCAUGUGCCUCAUCGCGCUCUCCAACUGCACCCAGUUUGCCGUGCGGAGGCUCGCGGGGCUUCUCGCCGCCCGCGUCGCCGCGCUGCGCUUCGUCCCCAGAGUCUGCUGAGGUGGGGAUCCUCUCGGACGGUUCAGUCUCCUACUGCCCGGUCUCUCCCCUGAUGUAGGAUCUGCUUCCUCUACCCGAAUUCUGCUUGUGUAUAUAUGUGUGUGCCUGUGAAUUUAGGGGUUGGGGGGCUAGGAUCCUUGUUCCUUGCUGAUUGCUUCUGGCGAUCCGUGGAAACAAAUUCGUCGAAUUGAAAUGGAAGAACAUAUGAACAAGACCUUCUAUUUUCUUGGACUAGCACCGAUUGCUUAGUGCAAAUUAUACAGAAAGUUAUUUGAUGCAAGCAAUUGAUACUUGUUUGGAAAAAUGUUUGUGGCUAUAUCUGGUCACUUGCAUGGUCGAAACUGUAAACCGUGCAGCAAGUGGAAAGGUAUAAUGUCACGGUAAUACACUUAAAAAAAGGUAUAAUGUAACGGUAUAAACCAAGAAUUAUAGUGGUGCCACUGGACUGUAAUGUUUUUCUUUUAAGUGGCCCAGUAGAUGACUAAUUUCUCCUAAAUGUGUGAUUUGGUACAUGAUUGGCAACGAUUGAGAAAAAGUUUGUUCGGCUUAGCUGUAAGUUAAACUGUAUGUAUAAAGAACGACUGCCUAAUUUAUGAAUGAAAUCUAUGUUUAAUGAA